AUGGUCUUGUCGUUGCUACGAGAAGAUUACGUUAGCGGGAAUCUUUGGGUUGACAAAUCAUCUGAUAAUAACAAUAAGAAGAAAGCUCCGGCCGCACACAAAUCUCCGGUAUUCGACUGCGAUUGCUUCGAUUAUUACACGAAUUACUGGUUCCGGUGGGACACGUCUGUUAACCGAGAGCUAAUUCAUCAAGUAAUUGAAGCUAUUGAAGAAAACUUUACCAGUAGUGAACAGGUUAACUGUCGCGGCCGUAAACCUAAGAAGAAAGAGAAGGCGAGUCAUCAGAGGUUCGCCGGAAAAGCUUUAAAUCCUCCGCCAGAGGUUUCGGUUUCGCCUCCGUACGACAUCUCAUUAGUUGAAGAAUGUGCAAAGGAAGAACAUGAGGUAGUGGAGGAGUCGCCGGAGACGGAUGCAACGGCGAGAAGAGGACUUCCGGAAGUGAAAGGGUUGUUUAACUAG